AUGGAAGGGCCCCUUGUGCUACUCCCGGAUGAAAUACUCCGUUUAAUAUUGCGCUACCUUCACCCCCGCGAAUGUGUUGCUCUAGAGCGCACUGCUCGCAGGUUUAGAAAUGUUACAAAUGAGCCUCUACUGUGGCGCUUCUAUUGUCAGACAUUAUUCAACUUUUGGGAUAAGCGACACGAAUUUCAGAAGAAAUUGGCAGGCCCAGCGCAUUUAGUCGAUUGGAAAAAACUUUAUGCCACGAGGCACCUCAUAGAUGCAGCCACCAGCGAAGCUUUGGAUAGUAUUCUUGCUAGUCAGAGUGGUCGUAUUGAGAAGUUCCACACCAUCAUCAACUUUGGAUAUGAUGUGAAGGACACACUCAUACGACACAGUCAAGCAGGACCCGAUCAAGAUGACCAUUUGGCACGAAGCAAUGCUAUCCUUGGCUGCCUUCAUCGAAACAUGGCUAUACCGGAGUGGGCCAAGCUAAGAAAUGGGGAACAUGUCUCUCUUGAGCGUGCCCUGGGAGCUUUUGAUCUUUUCAUUCCGGAGAGUCAGAUUGGCAGUCUAGACGAGAUAACCGGCAUGCUUGAUAAUAUCGUCACUAAGCUUGUGACAGAACACCCAGACAUUGAACUUCUUAGCCCUCGUGCGAAAGCUCUUGCUGUUGCAUCAUUUCUGCGAGAGAACAACCUUACUGGCAUUGAGCCUGGCAGGGAAUAUCACGACCUCGAACACAAUUUUCUCGGGGUUGCUUUGAGGGACCCUAACCAUAAUUCUCUACCCCUCAUAUCUGCAGCAAUUUACUGCUAUGUCGCACAAAGUGUUGGUCUCAAUGCUCGUCCGUGCGGCUUUCCCUUCCACGUCCACGUCAUCAUCAUGCCUGCUCUCGGCACUGACAUGGAUGGUCGUUCAUUACCCAAUGGCUCACAAGGAGAACCCAUGUAUAUGGACCCAUUUCGCUCAGCAAAUGAAACACCUGUCUCAGAACUGCGAAAUCAGCUCAUUUUCUUGGGUGCUUCAGGCCCCGAGCAAUCAACCUUCCUUGGCGAGUCGCUGACAUCGGAGAUUGUUUUGCGAUGUGGGAAAAAUAUUCUGAACUCAAUUGAGCAGAUGUCACGCCCACCAAGUUUCUCCUCGACAGCUCUAGAUAUUGUGGGUGCUAAGUAUGCCGGCCUUUGGGCGUUAAUGCUAUUCACCGGUCCAGCACGGCCUGUGGAGCUCAGGCAGCAUCUGCCUUGGCUGAUGGAGCUAUUCGCGACUGAUUUUCCCUCAGAUAUUCAUUUGGUUGAACGUUAUCUCGUGCCGCUGUUUCAGGGAUUCCUUGAAUAUGAGCACCUAUUGGAAAGUCUCCAUGUUAUGCGAGCCGUUGAUGAGAUGCCCAGACAAGUUCGGCAUCGUACAUCUGAGCAUAAAAAUGUCAGAUAUCGUAUAGGCCAAGUAUUUCGCCAUAGGCGCUAUAAUUAUAGGGCCAUAAUAACCGGAUGGGAUGCCGAAUGUGGAGCUGGAGAGCAAUGGAUGAGGCGAAUGGGCGUGGAUCGUUUACGAGCUGGGAGACAUCAGAGUUUUUAUCACGCUCUUGUCGAAGAUAGGAGCGUACGAUAUGUCGCCGAAGAGAAUAUCGAGAUCAUUACACCGUCCUUAUCUGAACUACCCCCAGUGUUUUUGGUGAUUGCCGGGAAACAUUUCAAGAGAUGGGAUGAAGAAAGUCGGACAUUUUGUUGGCGGCAGGUUCAAAAGGUUGAUUCAAAAGCUGUCUGUUUUGGACUGUAUAAGGGCUUAGUAGCAGUGAAUACAGGUCACUCAACCUACCAAAAUACCUAG